AUAUGAAUUAUGAAUGUCAGCAUGUCAUAUGUCAUAUGAGAGUUUGUUUUGGUCUAUAAUGCUAUAAUCUGAUGUUUAUCUAGUCUCUUCAAAAUUAAUUAAUUGAAUAUGUCUUUUUCAAAGCACUGGGGAGAAAUUCCAAGACUGAUUCCAAAUGAUAUAUUCAUUCCAGAUGUCUCAGGAGAUAUAGAGAGAUCUAUGGACAAAUUUUGCUUAGCAGAGUAUGAUGAUGAUAGUGAAAAAGGGACAAUUGAGAGAAUUGUGUUGCCACCAAUGGAUCCCCUGAUGCUAUAUGCUAUUUCACUUCAUAAGUAUGCUAACGAUAUGAGAAAAAUGACUGAACUAGCCACGGAAAUGAAUAUCAUUCCAUCUGAAGAUGCAGCACCACCAAUGCCGAUUAUGCCUGAAUUUGAGUUGAAACAUAAAAGAAAUAACUUGAAUUACAUACCGAAAGAUUUUACUUCCUUCAGUUGUGGUUCUGAAAUUGAUAUACCUGAAUUGAGUGAGGCUGUUGUGAAAGAAAUUUUACCAAAAUGCAUAGUGACUAUGUUUGCGCAUAUUGGAUUUGAGAGUAAGUAAUGUUUCAAGAAAUGUUGGUG